CACCCAUCCUCCCUCUUUUGGUCGACUCUUAUUAAACUCUGUCACAGCCAUUGUAGACUUCCCCACUGUCUCCCAAUCUCAUGUUAUCUCUCUGUCUCAGACGUUUCCCUCUGGAGGACAUUCCACUCGAUGAGAAAGAGGCGGCAAACUGGCUUCACAAACUCUACCAGGAAAAGGUAAAAUGAUGGGAUGCCACGGGUGCCCUUCAUCUGCACAGAUAGUCCUGCAAGUAUACCCAUUCCAUAACCCAUCCAAAAGUAAGAUGGCACAAAUUGUGUUGCGCAAUUCUAGAAUAUUGUAAAGUCAUGGUGUUUUUUUCUUUUCUUUUUUUUUUUUUUUUAACAGACAUGGGAGUGGAUAUUGAUUAAUGGGACUCUCCAAGCAUCAAAACAACUUUAUCUAAAUGAAGUUAUGGUGCCUUGAGGCACUCUUCUUACCUUUCCAUGAACUGGCUUGAAAGAAACAUAGCUUUUUUUUUUCAUCCAGUUUUCAACUGACAGCCCUCAGUGAAUCAGCAGCACUCUGCGCUUCCUGAAAUUGACAUUUCAGAACGCGUGGACAUCGCUGCUGGAGGUAACUUUGGGGUUAAACCAUUUGCAAACUGUUUAACACGUUGAGGUAAACUUGCUCCAGGGGCCUCCUUGCACCAUAACAACUUCAUUGAAAUGAAAUUGUUGUGGUGCUUUAGUUUCCCCUUAAGCUCAAAGGAGCACUAUAAGGUCAGGAAAAAAAAAAAAAAUUCUCACCCUAUGGUGUUAAAAAGCCCUGCUAGCGCCCCUGGCUCCCCCCUUGCUUAUCUAAAUAUAGUAAAAUCUUACUUAUAUUAAAGUCUGAUGCUGCUGCCUCUGCCCCUAAACUGCCUCUGUUUGCUGACAUCAGAAGUGAGGGCACUAUAUAUUGGGAGAAAGGAAGAUAAUUGAUUCCGCUGUGCUGAGCAUCACACGGUCACACUGCUCUCUAUAUGUGAUCGGAGAAUAGACUGGGUAUAUAAAAGAGGGCAUUAUCUAUUGGGAGAAAAGUUUGACUGGUUUCCAUGUCUUCUGAGAUGUUUCUUGUGUCUUUUUCAAGGAUGCUUUGCAGGAACGAUACCUCCAGGAGGGCACCUUCCCGGGUCCCCAGAUUGUACCACGCCGCAGACCAUGGACUCUCAUAAACUUCUUAUUCUGGGCCACUCUUCUUCUGUCCCCAUUAUUCUCAUUUGCAGUUGGCAUCUUUGCCAGUGGGUCUCCACUUCUCAUUCUCUCUUUUAUGGGCUUCAUGUGGACAGGUAAUAAGUGAUGAUCAGUCUCUGUAAUUUUCUUAAUAGGUCAUGUUAUUUGUAUUCUUAUGGUACCAUUUUAAUGGGAGUUUAGUAAAAUUUACAGAACUGGAAGUGGGUCCCUGUAUAAGGGUGGGGGUAAACCCUAGCAGCUGAAAUAGUCCUGUUUUAUGGGUAAACUGACCACUGUGUUCAUUAUAGGUGGACGUAUGAUUUUCUUAAUAUAUGCAGAAGUAAAAUAAUGUAUUUAUUUAUGCUGGUGGUAAGCUGCACUGCUCAGCUCUUUUAUCCUGUGCAUGGAUGGAAUUGGCUAUGGUGUUAUCUUAAGAUGCAAGCAAGCAAGCAUAUGUUUGCUUGUGUGAGGUUUUUAGUUUUUUUUUUUUUUUUGUAAAUCGUUUAUUUUUUCUGCUUGCAUUUUAUCUCCUUUCCAGCCUCGUUUGCAGUGCGACGUCUCAUUGGGGUGACAGAGAUAGAAAGAGGCUCAAGUUAUGGGAAUCGAGAGGUGAAGAAAAUGGAUUAGAUGCUCCAGAUAUCUGAAAUUGUAGUGCGGUCUGGACUUGUCUUGGUUAUAUUUAUUACUAACAUGAACUGAGAGGGAGGAGCCUCCUGCAGAGCACCACCCCCAUGGAGCAGUACCAAGAGCCAAUAGGAAUCCGCCAUUUCAUGAGCGCAAUAAAACCUGCGUUCUGCCCAUCUCCUUCACUAGUGACUGUAUAUUUGCUACUUUGCCUCUACACACGUUUCACAGUCCCUAUCAUCCUGCUUUUUCUCUCGAACGAGCCUUUUGUUCUAAAUUUUACAUCCCUGUUUCUCCCAUUGCUGGCUGUAACCUCAAUUUAUGUUAAGGGGAACAAGAUGUCUCUGAUUCCCACUUGCUGGCUUUACCCGUACCCUGGGCAGGGCCCUUGCCAUUCAUAUGGGGUUAAUGUGCUUUAGCAGUUCAGCAGAACAUCUUCUACAUUGCAAUGUGCAGCUAAUUCACUUCAUGGUGCUGUCUGCAGAGAAUUUAUCAUUUCCACUGCUUGGAUUGUGUACUUGCUAGGUCUGCCCACUACUCUGCAACUGAUUAUCUCCGUCCUGGCAGGAAGUGCUGAUAGGGGCUCACCUAUAGACCACCACUAAUAAGCUAAUACCUUAAAAAAAAAAAAAAAAUCAAUCCUUCCUAUCCUGGGAAUAACAAACCAAUGUCAGAAACCGGUAUUUCUAUUUGAAUCUUUUCUUUUCCAUUAUUUCAGUGAAAUUAGCCCGUUACCUCUCAGGGGGCAGGACUCUCUGGCAGUGAAAGGGUUAAAUCUCCCCACUCUAACUCAGUGUUUAGCUAUUGUUACUGCUGCCUAUCUGAUAGUGGGUACCAGCGCAGUAGAUCUAACAUGUCUUUGGGCAGUCGUGUGUAACAUGUUAGAAGGAAACAGCACAUCCCUCAUUCCAUGGGUGCAGACAUAACCUGUAGAAAUUGAUUGUAAAUGUGUACACAAAAGUCCUAUUAUUAAGUAAUGUGUGUGUGGCUCUGAAUCUCCAGGUGAACAUGCAAAGAUAAUUUCUUAUAAGAUAUGGCUUGUACAGGGCAUUAAUCUCUGCAGAAGGGCUCUAUGGUGUCUGUUGCUGUGGGCAUACAUGAUGCUCAGGACCUGGCGCUAUGUGUAAGUAACAAACUCAAAGGUAUUAUAUGCCCAGUAGCAGUGGUCUUUACCAAUGUCUUUUAUAUGUUUAUUUGUAGUGUUACACUGCCGCUAGAGUGUGCUCACCGUAGAGCUGGUCUACAUAUGGUACAUGUUUACCAUAGCCAGGACCACUUCUCAUCCACAUUCAUUGUAGACUGGAUCAUUUCUGAUCUGCGGCCACAGCAGAUUGGGCCGUUUUCUGAUCAGCUGUCACCGCACCUAGGAUGGUCACCGCAGAUCUGUAUCUGUGCAAAGUUCACUAUAGCCAUUGAUCCAUGAUUGGUAUCCAUGGGGCCAUUUACAAUCAAUUUUCACUAUAGGGUAGGGUUCUAGAGUCCCUGGUAGAACUGCAUGUUUUUCCAUAGGGGCCAUAUACUACCCACAGUCCCAGGUACCGUACAGCUGAUUAUGGUGCAGAUUUACUGCAGGGCUUUCACUGUGCACUGGGUCCGUGUGCUUUGCUUUCAUUACGGAGCGGGGCCCUCCGCUUCGUGUUCAUCAUGGAGCUGGGCCCUAAGGAUCUCUUUCAGCGUGGAGCAGGGCUGUAUGCUUCGCUUUUACCGUGGAGCAGGGCUAUGUACACUA